GAAACGGAAAAGAGUGUCACAAAACCCAUUGCAAUGGAUGUGACAAAACCGCCGCUAAAAGCAUCGGAAUCGGUAACUGAGGCCACAAUUAGCCGACAAAAGUAUACGUAUUCCAGAGCUCAGACCACAACCACGUCGGGCACGACCACUACUCCCGGGCCAACCACUGUAUCGGUGAAGUCAACCGACGCAACGGAGGAGGAGAUCCAGGAAGAAGUGGACGUCGAUCUGAGCCAACUUCAGGUCUCGUUGCCUAACGUGAAGUUUGACUGCACGUCACGCCCGGAGGGCUAUUACGGCGAUCCCGACUACCGGUGCGAAGUGUUUCACUACUGCGGCACUGGUGGCAAACGGGACACCUUCUUGUGUCCGUCAAACUCCAAGUUUAACCAAAAGGACAUGACUUGCGAUACGGACGCUCUCGACGAUCUGUGUCAGGCCGAGCCUGUCUGGGGUAACAAUCAUCUCUACCCCACACCCGGCACAUCGGUGUCACACGUGAUGUCCCACGACUUCAAUGGCGAUAGAGAUGGCAAUAGGGAUAGAAUGCAGAUCGAAGUGACGGCCCCUAAGUUUGAGACCAAAGAGAACGGAUUCCGAGAACCUAUUUAUGAAACUAAGAGUUUGGAUAACUCCAGACGUGUGACUCCGCCAAAGCCACCGCCGACCCCACCAUCUGAUGACACUUAUGUCGACACAAAGAUUGUCAAAAACGACAGCCAAUACCCUAAGAAAGAAGCCUUAAACACCGUAUGA